GAAAUGGAAAAUUUGUACGAAAUUUUGCAAGUUGAUCCAAAGGCAAGUCAGCAAGAAAUUAAACGUUCCUUCCAAAAGUUGGCUUUAAAAUUUCAUCCGGACAAACUACCGACACGCGGAGAUACCAACAUGGCGGAAACUCGUGAUCGCGACGGUUGCCAACUGUUUCAAAGGAUAUCUACGGCUUGGAGUGUUUUAGGAGAUCCCGAUCAAAGAAAACAAUACGACGCUCUUUGGCACCAUCGGUGCGUACUUUUCGAAUCAUGCGGACCCAUCCACGAUAGAGUGCCGUUUAAUGGUUUCAAGAAAUGUACCGAAACGAACGAAUACUUGUAUGAAUGUCGGUGUAGCGAUUAUCUCGUCUUAACAGAACAAGAUGUUUGCUUGAAAUUGGACGUUGUUAAUUGCAGCACUUGCUCACUAAACGUCAUAGUUGAUUAC